AUGCUGAGACAGAGGACUUCAGUACAGCUGUUGGAGCAGCUUCAGAAAAAUACGGAAAAUAUCCGGAAUGUUUGCAUCCUUGCACAUGUUGACCAUGGGAAAACCACGCUGGCGGACUCAUUGGUCGCCAGUAAUGGGAUCAUCUCUCAGAGAAUGGCAGGAAAGCUUCGAUAUAUGGACUCGCGCGCUGACGAACAGGAGCGGGGUAUCACUAUGAAAUCAUCUGCGAUCAGCCUGCAUUUCGAGACCGACAAUCGAGAUUAUCUUAUAAAUCUCAUCGAUUCGCCCGGACAUGUCGACUUCACAUCCGAAGUUACUACGGCCAUUCGACUCUGCGAUUGCGUCAUCGUUGUCGUCGAUGUUGUCGAAGGUGUGUGCGCGCAGACGAAGGUCGCCCUAGAAAUGGCUUACCGGGAACAAUUGCAUCCGGUCCUGGUUCUGAACAAGAUCGACAGACUCAUAGUGGAAAAGAAGAUGACUCCUCUGGAUGCGUAUGUGUACUUGACUCAGGUUCUUGAGCAGGUUAACGCAGUCACUGGCGAAAUGUUCACGAAAACGGCUCUGCAAAAGAUGAAUCUUGCACACGAUGAAUCCGAUUCUAAAUGUGAAUGUAGCGAGGAUCAGGUUUUCGAUUGGGAUGCGGGACUCGAUGAAAUCGAUGAUUCGAACCUCUACUUCGACCCCAUCAGAGGAAACGUCGUGUUCACUUCAGCUACCGACGGCUGGGGUUUCUCGAUUGAAGAUUUCGCCCGGAUUUAUUCUCUGAAGUUGGGCGUGCGUCCGGAGGUCUUGAGACGAACCCUGUGGGGGGAUUUCUAUUUGAAUAUGAAAGCGAAGAAAAUUCAGAAAGGGGCUCAAGCAAAGGCCAAGAAGCCGUUAUUCGCCCAACUCGUCCUACAAGGCAUCUAUGAUAUAUAUGAGGCAGUUUGUGUUAAUAAAGACAAUGUUGCCUUGGAGAAAAUGUGUGGCUCGUUGGGUAUCAAGCUACAGGCCAGAGAUCUUCGUCAAUCGGACCCUCGGCUGAAGCUAUCAGCGAUGUUGGGCUCGUGGUUACCUGUUUCACAAGCAGUUCUCAAGAUGUUGACCAGGCUGCCUUCGCCGCGAACGAUGCCGAAAAGCAGAGCUGAUCAUUUGCUUAACGUCCGAGGAGAGCAGAAUCCAGAAGUUGAAAGAAUCACCAGCGCACUGUCGCAAGGGGAUCCUUCGACUGAAGCUCCAGUGAUCAUCUUUGUAUCCAAGAUGUUUGCGGUGGAGAGUUCUCAGCUGCCCGAGAACCGGCUGGAGCUCUUCACUUUCGAAGAUCUGGCGAAACGUCGAGAAGAGGCCCGGAAGGCCUAUCUCGCGUCGCAGAACAAGGCAGAUCCCCGUGAGUACUCGCUCCGUCGAGAGUGGCAAAAUGGUAUUCCGAUAGACGAGAAACCUGAACCUGAAGCGAUCGCGACGGCGGCCGAGGAAAUCGACGAGGCAUCGACAGCAUUCGUAGGCUUUGCGAGAAUUUUCAGCGGCACUGUGCGCCGAGGCGCCGAAGUUUUCGUCCUGGGACCGAAGCACGACCCUCAAUCAUUCAAAGCCAAGCACCCGGAGCUCGAUGUCGACCCCGCAUUGACUCUGAAGGAUCUGAAGUCAGACGAACAUGUGACGAAAUUGAAAGUGGAUAAACUCUACCUGAUGAUGGGACGGGAACUCGCGGAUGUUGACGGAGUCCCCGCGGGGAACAUUCUUGGGAUUGGCGGUGCGCUUGAGCACCAUGUGGCCAAGUACUCGACUCUGUGCAGCAGUCCGCUGUGUCCUCCGUUCACAGACAUGACUUCACCGGUGGUCCCCAUACUGCGUGUGGCUCUUGAACCUAAGAGGAUGCAGGAUAUGCCAAAAUUGAUCCACGGUAUGAAAUUACUCAAUCAGGCAGACCCUUGCGUGCAGGUCAUACUCCAGGGGACAGGGGAGCGUGUUCUUGUUACUGCGGGUGAGGUUCAUCUGGAACGAUGCCUGCUAGAUCUGAGAGAGCGUUUCGCGAAGAUCGACAUCUCAGUGUCGGCCCCCAUCGUGCCAUUCAGGGAAACAGUUGUCGAACCCCCGAAAAUGGACAUGGUGAACGAACUCAUCGAUGUCACCACAAAUAAACUCUCCGCCUGCGACAACGAUAGGACAGUGAAUGCCGAUGGGAGCGUUACUCUCCUCACCCCAUCGAAGCAGAGCUCUCUGACAAUCAGAGCCGCGCCUCUUCCGGAAGAUGUGGCGCUCCUUCUGGAGAAAGAGGCCACUCUGCUGAGAGCUUUCGAUCUCGCCAAGAAAACUGAGGGAGAAGAACAUUCCGAGAUCGAUGAUGAGCUCCGAACGAAGAUUCAGAAAUUCCGGGCCGAUCUGAAGGAAGCUUUCGAUCGCAGUGAAAUGGAGCAAUGGAAAGAUUUCGAUGUCGACCGUAUCUGGAGUUUCGGCCCCAAGAAAUGCGGACCGAACAUCCUCAUCAACGACAUGGAGGAUUUCUCGGUAAAUUAUUGGCAAGCACUCGAGAAAAGCUCCGGUGAUCUGCACAACUUCGAGAGCAACCUGGUUUUCGGCUUCCAAUUAGCGACUCUGGCAGGACCGCUGUGCGAAGAACCUCUGCGAGCAGUCGCUUUCAGAGUCAGCGAGUGGAAAGUGAUGAACAGCGACGAUAAAUUAUCAUCUUAUGGACCGUUAUCAGGACAGAUCAUGUCCACAAUGAAAGACUGCUGCAGGAAAGCAUUCCAGGCUCAACCGCAGAGAUUGAUGGCAGCGAUGUACAAGUGCAAUAUCCAAGUGACAGCGGACGCUUUGAGGAAAAUGUAUUCGGUGGUCAACCGAAGACACGGCCGUAUUGUGGCGGGUGAUUUGGUGGAAGGUAGCUCGUCCUUCGAAGUUUCAGCGGUUGUACCCGUUGUGGAAAGUUUCCAACUUGCAAACGAAAUGAGGAAGCAGACCAGUGGACUCGCACAGCCGCAACUCAUAUUUAGUCAUUGGGAAGUGAUCGACGUGGAUCCAUUCUGGGUACCGCGCACCCAGGAGGAGCUUUCGCAUUUCGGGGAGAAGGCCGACUCCGAGAACCGGGCCAUGAAAUACAUGAACCAAGUUCGUCGACGUAAAGGUCUCAAGGUGAACGAACACGUGGUGGAGCACGGAGAAAAGCAACGCACCCUGAGCAAGAAGAAAUGAGAUCUCCCCCACAGAAUUUACUGAAUGCCAAUCGCGACUGAGUGGAUAAGAACAUGUUGGUCUACGUCGCCGUCAUUCCAUGGGAAUUCAACGGAGCGAUCAAACCGUUAUUAUAGUCCUCAUUCGAGGCGAGCAUGCCUCAGUCAUACAUGGUUGAGGGA